UAGAAAAGAAAUUUAAAAAAGAAAAUUAAACAAAGAACAUAAAAUCAUUUCCCAAUCCUACCUUAAAGACAAUCCAAGACAUGCAAAGUGUUUUAAAUACCGUUAAAGGAACUGCCCUAAAUGUCGCUGAAUAUUUGACACCAGUUCUAAAGGAAUCCAAAUUCCGUGAAACUGGAGUAUUGACACCGGAAGAAUUUGUGGCAGCCGGCGAUCACUUGGUCCAUCACUGUCCAACCUGGCAAUGGGCAGCUGGCGAUGAAAACAAGACAAAAUCCUAUUUACCCAAAGAUAAACAAUUCUUGAUUACACGCAAUGUACCUUGCUACCGCCGUUGCAAGCAAAUGGAAUAUGUGGGCGAAGAAACGGUUGUGGAAGAGGAGGGUGGCGAUGGUGGCUGGGUGGAAACGCAUCAAAUGAAUGAGGAUGGCACCAAAGCGGAAUUGGACGAUAAAAUUUGUGAACUGACUCUGGAUGAUCGGGACGAAAUGCACACUCCGGACAAUGAACAACCUGGAAAUAUGGACGAUGUUGCUGGGGCUGAUGAUGAGGAGGAUGACGAUGAAGCUUUAGAUAUGGACGAAUUCGAGGAAAGCGGUAUGUUGGAUUUAGUCGAUCCUGCGGUGGCAACCGUACGCAAGACGGAGAAGCCUGAAAGCACAAACAGUGAGGGCGGGGCUGCCUCGUAUGAUACCCAAGACUCGGUGCUGCACACCCGUACCUAUGAUCUGCACAUAACCUAUGAUAAAUAUUAUCAAACACCACGUCUUUGGGUGGUGGGCUAUGAUGAGAAUCGCAAACCCCUGACCGUUGAACAAAUGUACGAAGAUGUCUCACAAGAUCAUGCCAAAAAGACUGUCACCAUGGAAUCACAUCCCCAUUUGCCGGGACCGAAUAUGGCCUCGGUGCAUCCAUGUCGCCAUGCCGAUAUAAUGAAGAAAAUCAUACAGACCGUUGAAGAGGGCGGCGGCGAAUUGGGUGUGCAUUUAUAUUUGAUUAUUUUCUUAAAAUUUGUACAAACUGUUAUACCAACAAUUGAAUAUGAUUUUACACAAAAUUUCAAUUUAUCUUAAGGUGGAAUAUAUAUAUAUAUUUUAUUUUUUUUGUAAUGACACUCCUCAACACCAUCCUCCUCCCACAUGAUAUUAGAUAUAUGUAUGUAACGUUAUGGCUUAACUGCUUAAAACAUAAAUGUAAAAACAAAAAAACACAUGCAGAAACAUUUCGAUUCUUUUGUUUUUGAACAUCUACCAUUACAAUUGGCAUACAUCAAAGUAGGCUUAAUUUAAUUGCAAUUUAUAAACAAAGAAUUUGUAUAAAGCUAUUGUUUUAAAUUAUUUUCAUUUCUUAUUUAAAUAAAAUGAUAUUCCCUAGUA